CGCGUGAUAGCACACGCGCACUGCAGCUGGCAACAGCCAACUUCCCUCUUACAUUCUCUCCUUUAAAACCUCUCUCUCUCUUCCUCACUUAAUCAAAUCACACUUCACUCCUUUUUAACCUCAGCCAACAACAAUGUCGUCUCCGGCGACUCUCUCCUUCUUCUUCACCCUCUUCUCCUUCUUCUUCCACAUCUCUUCUUCUCUCGAUACAACCAACAUCAACAACAAACACACAACUGUUAACUCCUUAAACAUCCCUUCCCCCAACGCGGCGGCGGAGAUCGAGCUUAUUAACCCUAAGCUCCCGCCGCGGAGCCUCUCCCUCACAUCCUCCAAAAAAUUCGAAGGAUCCUCCGAUUUAAUCCACCUCCGUUACCACAUGGGACCUGUCCUCUCAUCAUCACCGAUCAACAUCUACGUCAUCUGGUACGGACGCUGGACUCGUCCAUACAAAUCCCUAAUCAGAGACUUCCUCAACUCAAUCUCCGACGCCAAAGCACCUUCCCCUUCCGUCGCGCAGUGGUGGCGCACCGCUUCACUCUACACAGACCAAACCGGAGCAAACGUCUCCAGAUCCGUAUUAAUCGCCGGAGAAUACUCCGAUUCGAAAUACUCCCACGGAAACCACCUGACUCGUCUCACGAUCCAGGACGUCAUCGCCUCCGCCGCGAGAUCAGCUUCUUUCCCGGUGGAUCAUAAGAACGGUAUGUACCUUGUUCUGACGUCACACGACGUCACGAUGCAAGACUUUUGCCGCGCCGUGUGCGGGUUCCACUACUUCACUUUCCCGUCAAUGGUUGGUUACACGAUGCCUUACGCUUGGGUUGGUCAGUCCGGUAAACAAUGCCCCGAGGUUUGCGCUUACCCGUUCGCUUUACCGGGUUAUAUGGGACACGGCGGUCCCGGUGAGCUCCGGCCACCUAACGGAGAGACAGGAGUCGAUGGGAUGGUUAGUGUGAUUGGUCAUGAGUUAGCUGAAGUUGUUUCGAAUCCGUUGAUUAACGCUUGGUACGCCGGAGAAGAUCCGACGGCGCCGACGGAGAUUGGGGAUUUGUGUGAAGGGUUGUACGGAAGCGGCGGAGGAGGAGGGUAUAUUGGUCAAGUUAUGAGAGAUAGGGAAGGGAAGACUUAUAAUAUGAAUGGUAAAGGAGGAAGGAAGUUUUUGGUUCAAUGGAUUUGGAACCCUAAUUUGAAAGCUUGCUCUGGUCCCAACUCUGUGGACUAAAAUCACACACGAAGAAGGUGAUAAAUUAAGUGGUUAAUCACUCUAAGAUAAUGAUGAAAUAACUUGUUUUGUUUAUUAUUAGUAGAAUUUUUAGGCUAGUACUACAGUUUUUUGUAACAUUUAUUUACUUUUUGAUUAUAUAUAUACUGUUUUUUGUUUGUGUUUUUUGAAUGAAUCUUGAUUUUUUUUUUCACACUCACUUUUUUUUUUUGUUUUGUUUAUUUCAACACUAUUGGUAAUGUUUAUGUACACUUUGGGAAGUGAAAAAGUUUAAAUUCAAAUUCUUUUAAGAUA